CUGCGCGGUGCUGAUGGAGGCUGGGAAGUCCCAGCUGUUGGCCAUUUGCUUGAGCUGCUCUGGAGGUCCCACGUCUGGGCCUGGCUCUUGGGACCCUGCUCCACUGGCUUCCUCUACCUGGCCCGGUGUGUCUGAGCACACAGCAGCUUUCCUGCUGCCGAAAUGCCAUCACCACGGACAGUGACCUCUGGCCCAGAGCUUCGAAGCCCCAAGGAGCCCGAGGAGCCACGGACGGCCGUUCAGAGAUCCUGCAGGUCCAGCAGUGUGGAAGAGCGCAACACCCAUCAUAAGGACCCCUCAAGGCUUGGCCUGGGUACCUUGAGGAGGGCCUUCUCUCGGACCAGCCAGCGGGUCUCCAUCCAGACCUCCAAAGAGGAGCCAGGCCUGCUCAGGAGAAGCUCCCGUUCUCUGUUCCGGUCCCUCCGGCGUGCCCUAGAUGAAGGCCCAACUGCUGACCAGCCCCAAGUCACCGCUGUGCCACCGGAGCCUUCCAAGGCCGCCGCUGGUGUCAGCCGGCAGGCAUCCACUGGCGCAGGGCCUGAGGACCCAGAACCACAGACAGAAGGCAAAUCCGUGGCCGACCUCAUCACUGAGCGACAACUGCUGGCAGCCUUCGAACAGCUGUGGCACCUGGAGACACGGUUGGUGGCGGAGAAAGCCUCUCGCGCCUUUGAGCAGGACCCCACGGCCUAUGCGCGCCGCGCCAUGGACGUGUGCCUACAUUACGACGGCCUGGCCGCGGAGAUCAGCGCCAUCGUGCGCGAGACCCUGGGCUCCGAAGACGUGGACCGCGAUGCGCUAGCCGAACUGGCCCCGGUGGUGCGCGCGGAGGAGGAGGCCCACCCGGCUCCCCCGACCGACGGCGACUUCCUGCGCACGCCCCGCCACUGGCGCCAGCACUGGGAGGACGCGGUGCGGCGGAGCGCGCAAGAGCGCGUGCAGCGCGCUGGCGCCGGAGCAACCUCGGCGACCGCCGUGGGCGCGUCCGACCUGGCCCAGCUUCUGGCCGCGCUCGGGGGCGUGGUUCGCCGCGACCUGCAGAAGGUGCGGCUGGAGGUGCAGCCAGCUUACCGGGCCACCGAUUUUCCAGUGUGGGAGGCCUACCUGCGUGCUUUCCACGGCGCGGUGGCCCAGCGCCUGCAGGAGCUCGCGCGCGAAGCCCGCGGCUGCGAGCAGCUCUACCUCCUGCUCGACUGGGCUGCCAAUGUCUAUGGCAGUCCUGACUUCCUGGGCGCCCCGGACCUGGCGCUGCCCACUGAACCACUGCCCCCGCUCCUCGCACCUGAGGUGUGGGCCCGUCUAGAGAGCGACUAUACCAGCUUCCUGGAGACCAAGAUCACAAGCUGCUUCGACCGCAUCCUGCAGAUGGAACAGAGCCGCUGGGAGGCCACCGAAGCCCCAGAAGUGCUGCAGGGACUCUACCACGCGCCUGUGUCCAUCGACAUCCACAUGCUGGUGGCCGAGCACGUGAAGGCGGCGCGCGCUAUCUCCACGGAGCUAGAGGCCACCACACUGCAGAUCUGCGCGCGGGCGCUCGGCCUCUUUGUGCCCAGGUUGGAGAAAGCUUUCCUGGAGUCGGAAGCGGUGAGCGAGCCGCAGCUGGGCGCCUACAUCAACGCCUGCGCCGAGCUGAGGACCAGUCUUCUGGCCAGGUUCCCAGGCACCCUAAAGGAUCUGGAGAAGCCCCUGGUGGCUGCCACCCACAGCUUUCAGAAGCACUUGCUUCAGGUUGUGCAGCGGGACAUGCAGCCUCUAUUCAAGGUCCUGUGCACUAAGAGUUGGCUGACGCAGGACACGUUGCGCCCCCUCCUGGACAAGGUGGUGAAUUUUGCACAUCAUCUUGAGCACGUGACUCCACCACUGGCACAGGAGAUUCUGCAGGAGGUGCACCGCUGUGUGGUCCGUGAGUACCUGGCGCAGGCGCUGAAGCCACGCGAGAGGUUCAGGGGCGUGGAGCGCGUGAAUGGCUCCCAGAAGAUGAGCCUGGAUGCCCAGGCUGUCAGCAGCACCUUCAAGGGCUUGGGCUCUGAAGCCACGUGGUUGGAUCAAGCCAUCCCAUGCGUGGCAGAGAUCCUGGGCGAGACUUACAAAGAUGACAUACGGCGGCACCUGGAGACGCUCAUCCAGAGUUACCCCGACAUCAGGCGCGACCACAUACUGGCCAUUCUGGCACUGUGCAGACUUGGCCGCAGCCGGAACCAGAGCCUCUUGCAACACACCCAGGACCUGCUGAGGGCCGAGACCAAAGCUGGGGGCUCAGAGGCCUCCCAGGACCGCGUGCUGUUUGGGGAGAUCGCGGUGCCCACCUCCGUGGACGUACUGAUCACCUGUAUCUAGAUGGAGCUCAGUGUCCGGAAGAGCCUGGGGACACCUGCCACCCAGGGAGUCACUCCUGCGCCGCGCCCCCCUCAGAAGCCCGGAGUCAUGGAAUUUUUGUCUUUAGCCACCCUCCGCUGCUCGGGCAGAAAGA